UUUCUUUCUCUCUCUCUCUCUCCCAUUUUUCCGUUACCCUCUGCUAACCCUACCUUUGCUCGAUCCGUGCUUCUCUUCCUUUGCUGUUCUCACAGAGAAAUGAGGAAAAGAUAAAGAGGGAGGGAAGUAAAGAAGAGGGUAGGAGCAAAAGAGGCGUCAAACACGCCGGCCGACGGAAAAGCAUCGCGUUUUGGCUUCUGAUCCACGCCAAGAGAACGGAAGAACUUCUUCCUUUUCCCUUCUUGAUCUGUUUUCUGGUUUUCCGAGUAUCUUUCUUUUCAUCCGUUGCUUGUGCGCUUUGAGCUGAAGAAGGGGCGUAAAGUUUUGUUCUCGGAGUAAUUACAUGUCGUUUCGGAAGGAGAACAGAGCAUCUGGCAAGCCCCCCAGGAGCCCUUUCGGCGGAAAGGGGCUUUCGGAGGAAGUGCCUUUAGACAAGCGUCGGAGAUUAGGGCGCGAUACUGCCGGAAUGGGGAGAUUGGCGGCUCCAUCCCUGAGGAGCAGACGGGCACUUUCUGAUGCAAAUGCUGGUCAAGUAGUGGGGGAAUCUAUGAGCAAUGCCUCUUCAAACACCGAAGGCUUAAGUACUGAAGAUGGUGGGUUAGUUGAGUUCCGAAAAGAGGAUGCGAAUGCACUUCUGAAUGAGAAAAUAAAAGGAAAAACAAAGUUUGAUUUCAAGGGCAAGUGCGAGAUGAUGACAGAAUAUGUAAGAAAACUUCGAGCUUGUGUCAAAUGGUACUUGGAACAAGAGGAACUCCACGAUGCUGAACGAGAAAAACAUGUCAAAACAUUGAAUGAGCUGAACCAGAAGCUGGAAGAAUUGACUUGUACGAUUGAUGAGCUAAGAAAAAACUACACAGAACUGAAUGACAAAUUCUUAAAGGAAGAAGCUGCAAAACUGGCUUCAGUUGAAUCCUACCAAAAGGAAGUGCAGGCUAGAAUUCUUGUGGAAAAGUCGCUAGCAUCUGUAUCAGAAGAGCUUGAGAAAGCACGUGAAGAAGUAAAAAAUGCCAACGAACAAAUAAAUAAACUUCGUUGCGAUCACCAAAGAUUACAAGAAUAUAAUUCCAGUUUGCAGCAAUACAAUAGGAACCUCUCCAAUGAUGCAGUUAAUGCUUCUGCUACAAUCACUAGGUUGCAAAAUGAGAAAGCUACAAUCAUGGAAACUUUGAGUGGCAUAAGAGCUCAUUUGGCUUCGGUGCAAAAUCAAUUAGCAGCUUCUAAAGAUUCCUUGAAAGAGGCUAUAGAUGCUAGAAACUUGGCAAAAGAGGAAGUGGCACGCAUGAGUGCUGAAUUGCAACAAAUGAGGGAGGAUAGAGAUAUGGAAAGGGCAAAUGUGAAGACCUUGACUGCUGAGGUUGAAAGAUACAAAGAAUGGACAGGAAAAUCCACUGCUGAGUUGGAACAUUUGACAACAAGGGCUAAUUGCUUGGAGGAGAGUUAUGAAUCUCAGAAGGAGCGAAUAAGAAUGCUUGAGCAACAGCUUAAAAUUGCUCGUGAAGAAAAACAGAUGUCUGAAGCGUCAGUCUCGGAUUUGAAACAAGAAUGCGAAGAUAGGAAAAAGGCAAUGCGAGAACUUGAAAAUGUCCUUGCAGAGAAAGAACUACUAAUUUUUGAGGGAGAGUUGGUCCGCAAGAAGUUGCAUAAUGCUAUACAGGAGUUGAAGGGGAAUAUUAGAGUUUUUUGCAGGGUCCGCCCUGUUUUGCCAGAUGACGAAUAUGGUAGUGGUGAAGCAACUGCUAUUUCCUAUCCUUCAUCCGCUGAGCUGCUCGGUCGUGGGAUCGAGUUGGCUCAGAAUCCUGGACAAAAACAUUCAUUUAGUUUUGAUAAAGUAUUUAACCAUGAUGCAUCUCAAGAAGAAGUGUUCACUGAAAUUUCCCAAUUAGUUCAAAGUGCUCUGGAUGGUUAUAAGGUUUGUAUUUUUGCUUAUGGACAAACUGGCUCUGGUAAAACAUACACAAUGAUGGGCGGAACUGAAGCUCCAGAGCAGAAAGGGUUGAUUCCUCGUUCUUUAGAGCAAAUAUUUCAGACCAGCCAAUCUUUAUCUUCGCAGGGUUGGACAUUUAAGAUGGAGGCUUCUAUGCUAGAAAUAUAUAAUGAAACAAUAAGAGAUCUGUUAUCACCUAGCCGAGCAAGCUCUUAUGAAACAUCUCGACAAGAAAAUCCCUGCGUUGGGAAACAGUACACCAUCAAGCACGACGCAAACGGGAACACAACUGUGUCUGAUCUUACUAUUGUAGAAGUUGGAAGUUUGAUGGAAGUCUCGUCUCUUUUUCAUCGAGCUGCACAAAGCAGGUCUGUUAGUCGAACUCAAAUGAAUGAGCAGUCAUCACGAAGUCAUUGCGUUUUUACAUUGCGAAUUUCGGGAUUUAAUGCGAGCACUGAGCGACAAGUAAAUGGAGUGCUUAACCUUAUUGAUCUGGCUGGAAGUGAGCGCUUAUCAAAGAGUGGAUCUACAGGCGAGCGUUUGAAAGAAACUCAGGCGAUUAACAAAAGUCUGUCGUGCUUGGGUGAUGUCAUCUUGGCCAUUUCCAAUAAGGAUAACCAUGUACCCUUCAGGAAUUCGAAGUUGACCUACCUUUUGCAGCCUUGUCUUGGCGGUGAGUCCAAAACGUUGAUGUUCGUCAACAUUUCGCCUGUUCCUUCGUCGGUAAAUGAAUCACUCUGUUCUUUACGAUUUGCGGCGAAAGUUAAUGCCUGUGAGAUUGGAGUUCCUCGCCGUCAAACACAUCUCCGUCCUUCUGAUGCUCGCUUGAGUUGCAGUUGAUGAUUGUUGAAAGGUCUCUUGAUUGUGCAAAUGCACUUGAGCUCCUCAAUUUCUCUGCUGUAGUUUUGUUUUUUUCUUUGUUGGCUGCAUAAUCUUUAUGCAGUUGUAAUAUGUAUACAGGUAUCUAAUGGUGCCACUGUAGCAUUAUUUGUGAAGUAUGAGGGAUGAUCUCUUUGGGCAUCCUUGCUCUUUGAAAUUGAAACCAAAUCUAAAUCUCUAUUGCAUUGUGGAAAUUUGUGAAA